UCAAGAGAGUAGCAAGUGGCGUUAAAUAAAUGCAACUAAUAAAACUUUCGCUUUCGAGGAAUAUUUUUUAAUCAAUAUUUAAUAAUAAUCAUUUUACUAAGUGAAUACUAUUGGUAUUGAUGGCGUUUUCAACAAAAGCAGUUGAAAAAGAAUUGAAAAUUGUUAACAAACAAAUUUAAAUAAAGCAAUGUAUAAAUGUCUUCUGCGGAGGAAGUAAAUAUGAUGAACUAUAGUGACAUCAACUUUCCUGAAGAUCGCAUAUGGAAACGUUUGCCCGAUUGGGAAAUAACGCUCAAGGUCUCCACAUUUGUGCCGGUCAUCGUUUUCGGUUUAUAUGGCAAUUUCGUCAUGUUGCAGCUGAUCGUACUAAAUCGUCCGCUACGCACGCCCACCAAUAUGCUAGUGGGCAAUAUGGCAGUAGCCGAUAUGUUGACACUACUGAUAUGUCCUGUGAUGUUUAUGAUCAACGAUUUCUAUCAGAACUAUCAACUGGGUUCGAUCGGUUGCAAAAUGGAAGGUUUCCUGGAUGUGGCUUUUCUCAUCACAGCCGUUUUAAAUUUAUCGGCUGUCAGUUAUGAUCGCCUAACAGCUAUCGUACUGCCGUCGGAAACACGCUUAACAAUGUGGGGUGUGAGAUUUGCGAUUGCCUUCACAUGGAUGGGUGGUUUUUUGAUAGCACUGCCAUUGGCUUUAUAUAGAACGUAUAAGGUGCGUGUGUGGAGGAACUUCAAGGAGAUGUAUUGCAAAGAGAAUCCGCAAAUCUUACCAAAAUAUUGGUACGUGUUAAUUACAGUUAUGGUAUGGCUGCCGCUGAGCGUAAUGCUAAUAUGUUAUUCAGCGAUUUUCUAUAAGCUCGAUCGCUAUGAGAAACGUGUACUCAAUCGUGAGCACCCACUUGCAGUAUCUUAUAAGAAAACUGUUGCCAAAACGCUCUUCAUUGUGGUGAUCGUUUUCAUUGUAUUGCGUUUACCAUUCACAAUUUUGGUCAUACUGCGUGAUCAAUACAUAACUACAAACGAUAGUUACAUACAUAUUAGUUUCCACAUCUUCUGGUAUAUAUCACAAUAUUUAAUGUUCCUAAACGCAGCAGUGAAUCCGCUGAUCUAUGGUUUUAACAAUGACAACUUUAGACGCGCUUACGAUCAGACACCGCUUUGUAACUGUAUAAAACGGAAUCCCAACAAAAUACAAACUAAUAAAUCUUCCUGUUGCAAUGGCUGCAUGUGCUCCAUUUUGAAAUGGUGCAAACUGAUCUGUUGUUGUUUCAGUUUAAGCGCUAAAAAGACUUUCUCUUUUACUGGUGAUCAACAAGUUCAGAACGCCGAGGUGGCGCGCAGUGCAAGGGCGUCAGUUGUGGUGGCGGAGGUGCCGACGAAAGAGACGAAUGUAAAUGUGGUACAAACGACAUAUAAUCGCUUCGACAAUGAGGGUUACCACAAUAAUGUUAUAAGUGAAGGUUUUAUAUGAUUUAUGCCCAGCUUUAGUGAGGACUUUGAUUUUUAAAUGCCUUGCAUUUAUUAACUGUAAUAUUUUUUUGUUUUCCUUUAAGUGUUAUUGUUGUUUUUAAUGCAAUGCAAUUAUGAGAAUUGCCUAAAUAUGCAAUAUAAUGUGCCAAAAAUAAGCAAAAUUAGUAAAUGAGGGGAAAGUCUAAAGUUUCUAUGUUUUUAUACUCUCGCAACAAAAGUUGCUAAGGUGACGAGUAAAGUUCAAAUCCGGAUGUCUGUCUGUCCGUCCGUCCGUCCGUCCGUCUGUCCGUCCGUGCAAACUGUAACUUGAGUAAAAAUUGAGAUAUCUUAAUGAAACUUGCAACACGUGUUCCUUGGCACCAUAAGAAGGUUAAGUUCGAAGAUGGGCGGAAUCGGACCACUGCCACGCCCACAAAAUGGCGAUAACCAAAAACACAUAAAGAGCUAUAACUAAGCCAUAAAUAAAGUUAUGAAAAUAAAAUUUGGAAUUUUUUGGAAAAGUGGGCGUGACCCCGCCCCUAAUAGGUUUUUUGUACAUAUCUUGCAAACCAAUAAAGCUAUAUAAACCAAACUUUCUGCAGUCGUUUCUUUUAGAAGUUUCCUUAUACAGUCCAAAAAUGAAAGAAAUCGGAUAACCACGCCCACCUCCCAUACAAAGGUUAGGUUGAAAAUGACUAAAAGUGCGUUAACUCACUAACGAGAAACGUCAGAAACAAAAAAAUUUACAUAAGAAAUGGCAGAAGGAAGCUGCACUGAGAUUUUUUUACAAAAUGGAAAAUGGGCGUGGCGUCGCCCUCUUAUGAGUCAAAAACCAUAUCUCAAGAACUACUCGACAGAUUUCAAUGAAAUUCGGUAUAUAACAUUUUCUGGACACCCUGAUGACCCUGGUGGAAUAUGGUUCACAACUACGCCUACUUCCCAUAUAACUCAAUUUUGAAUCCUACUGAUUCGUUUACUUUAUAAUGCAUAAGGAACAGAUAAAGAUAGCGGAAUAAAACUUUACACAAAUACUGUAUUUAAGCUGUGACAUCACAUGUGGAAAAAUUGUCAAAAUCGAACCAUGACUUUUCAAGGCCCCUGAUAUCAAACAUG